AUGCAACAAGACGGCCUCCCGCAGACUUGUGGUCAUUUUUGCAGCCGGGCUGGUCCUGGCUCUCUUCGGAGGGGGGCCUGCGCUGCCCCUGUAAAACCCAACCACCACCACCGCCACUCUGAGGUUCCAUCUUCAAACGAACUAGAAAACGAAAAUAGACAACUCCGGGAUUUCCAAGCGGAACAAGUCGUUUUGGACGGGUCUCAGGACGACAGUUCGGAAGAAGACGACUCACUGUCCCCGGAAGAGCUCGAGAACGUGGAAGAUUACCCCGCCGAUGAAGCGAGCACUGAGUCCUUACGACCGAUUCACGAGCGGCGAGAUCACCGCAAGGAACAUCAGCGGGAAAGCCAGUCACAGCACGGGAAAGCGAAAAUCGCAUCAAAAGAGAAUCCGAGGAAGAAGAAAAUGAUCCUACCCACCCCGCAUCCGAUCCGUGUCCGACACCAGCACCAGCAUGCCCCGUCGUCUGGCCAUACUUCAAAAUUGGGUCGAUUCCUACAACUUUACUCGAAGAAUGGAUACAAUCUCAAAAUAACAGCCAAUGGAACCGUCGAGGGAACAAGUGAGGUCCGCAGUGAUCUCGGUGAGUCAAUACUGGAAUUGGAACCGGUCGCUCUGCGCCUUUACAGCAUAAAAGGAGUGAAAGCGAAGCGGUACUUGUGCAUGGACGCAAAAGGUCGACUCAUCGGCAUGAGGCGGCGCUCGGAAAAGUGUCUCUUUCACGCUUCUCAUCGACCGAAUGGCUCGUUGACAUUUUCGACGCUACGCACCACCUUGCACGGAGCCCCGAUACGUUGGUUCGUUGCUAUCAAUAAGAGAGGUGUGGCGAAACGAGGCCGGAAAGAAACUCAUAAAGGAACAAACUUCCUACCGAGAACAGCUUACCGUCACCAGGCGCGGGUUUGA